AUGGCAGCAGAUAAUAAUCUAGAAGCCAUGGUCGAGAGAAUUAUGGUUCGAAAUGGGGUAAAUUUCGGCCUUCGAAGGCCAAAUUAUACGUCACCUCUGUCAGAGUAUAUCUUGCAGGCAGAAGCGCCCCCUAGAACCAAAAUCCCCAAAUUCACUAAGUUUUAUGGGGAUACCACUGAAUCUAUCGUCGAGCAUGUGGCUAGAUAUUUAAUUGAGGCAGGAGAUAUGUCAAACAAUGAGAGCCUUAGGAUAAAAAAAAUUCCAAGUUUUAUCACAAAGAAUGCUUUCACAUGGUUCACCACCUUGCCCCAAAGUUCGAUCCACACUUGGAACCAACUGGAAAGAAUGUUCCAUGAGCAGUUUUACAUGGGACAAACGAAGAUAAGUUUGAAGGAAUUGGCUAGUAUCAAGCGAAAGUUCACUGAGCCAAUUGAUGACUAUCUAAAUAGGUUUCGAUUGCUCAAAUAUAGGUGUUUUACACAAAUACCAGAGCAUGAACUGGUUGAAAUGGCCGUUGGGGGCCUCGACUAUUCGAUUAGGAAGAAAUUAGAUACUCAAUACCUGAGAGAUAUGGCCCAAUUGGCUGAUAGGGUUCGACAGUUGGAAUGUUUGAAGGAAGAAAAGGCCAUGACAAAUAAAGGUAAAAGGGUAGCCUAUGUCGAUUUCAGAAAUGAUGAUGAAGGUUCCUGUCAUGGACUUUCAGACUUCGACGAUAAUGAGAUCGACCUUGCUGAAUUGACGCAACGACCACCAUAUGCGUGUAAAAUUUUAGCACCUUCGAAUGGGAAAAAUCCUGUCAAACCAGAAAAGAGUGACAAAUUUCCCAAGAAAACUUAUACUUUCGACGUUACAAAAUGUGACAAAUUUUUCGACUUGGAUCUUGUGCAAAAAGCCAUCCAGGAAGGAAGACUCAAAUUCAGAGACAAAACACGGAGCCAGAUGAAGAUCGACUACGAUCCUCUACAAGUAGCUAAGGCCCAUUACACUGAACCUGAAGAAGUGAACCUUAUUAAAGUCGUUCAAGAUUUCAACAUGACUGAAGUCAUUGAGGACUUCGUCAAUGGACCUGUUAUGGUGAAGGUUUCUGAAUACUUCGAGCAGAAGCCUCUUAAUGAUUUCGCUCAAAAGGCUGUGGGAGAUAUCACCAACAAAAAUGUUGAUGCCUUCGAUGCUGAGGACGCUGAAAUGUUCAAAGCUAAUGAUGAUCACUAA